GCUCUCUGCAAUCCUAGUUAUUAUCAUAAUAUGAAGAGAAUGUCUCUCCAUUCCUAUCUUCCUCUCCUCAAAUCAUCAUUUCUUCUUCUAGUUGUUGUCAUUCUGUUCCCAUGCGUAGCGGCACAGGGUCCUCCUUCUCCAGGGUACUACCCCAGCUCCAAGUUCCAUGCCAUAGGAUUCAACGAAGGGUUCAAGAACCGGUGGGGACCGCAGCACCAGACCGUUGACCAGGGCUCCUUGACCAUCUGGCUUGAUAGAACCUCAGGCAGCGGGUUCAAGUCCUUGAAACCUUAUCGGUCUGGAUACUUCAGCACCACCAUGAAACUUCAACGUGGCUAUACUGCUGGAGUGAACACAAACUUCUAUCUCUCGAACAAUGAGGAUUACCCGGGGAACCAUGACGAGGUCGACAUAGAAUUCCUAGGAACGACCCCGGAUAAGCCUUACACUGUGCAGACGAAUGUGUACAUUAGGGGAAGUGGUGAUGGAACUAUCAUCGGACGGGAGAUGAAAUUCCACCUCUGGUUCGACCCGACCCAGGACUUUCACAACUAUGCCAUUCUCUGGGCCCCGGAUGAGAUCGUAUUCUUGGUAGAUGAUGUGCCAAUUCGGAGGUACCCGAGAAAGAGCAACAAGACGUUCCCCUCAAGGCCAAUGUGGGUCUACGGAUCAAUAUGGGACGCGUCGGAUUGGGCCACAGAAAAUGGAAAAUACAAAGCCGAUUACCAGUACCAACCUUUCAUCGGCAGAUACAAGAACUUCAAGCUAAAAGGGUGCAGUCCGGAUGACUCUUCAUGCAAAGCGCCUUCUGUGGCUCCACAAAGAUCGGGUGGAUUGACCGCACAGCAAAAUGCAGCCAUGGAAUGGGUACAGAGCAGCUACCUGGUCUAUGACUAUUGCCAGGAUCCGAGUAGAGACCAUACACAGAUUCCCGAAUGUUAGAGAGGUCAUUCGAGUGUCAGACCCGCACAUGGGACCAGAAAACAACAGCGCUGGACCCGCAUCUUUAAAUUUAAUUUGAUCUCUCUAAUAUUUUCUUACAUUUAAUCACUACUUAAUUAUUAUUUUUAAGGUAUGGUGGAUAGGGGUCUUUGUGACGAGAAAGUGCAAAAAUUUGCUAGUUGAAUGCGUCCAAAGUCCCUUUGCCAUGUAGUAGAAUGAAGCAAAUGCUCUUUUCCAGAACGAUGAAGUCCCCUCACGGGAAGUGAAGAGAAUCGAAGAAUAUAUAUAUUUAUAGAUAAGAAGGGAAAAGAGGAAACAGACAUAAAGGUUACUUGUGAAUCUUUUAUUGUCUUUAUUUGA